AUUAGUUAAUGGAUGACUAAGAUCAACAGCAGGGGGUUCUUGGGGUGGGCGAGAGGGGCCGACGCUCCCUGGGGUCCAUUCGCCACCCGCACAGAUGAAGGGGCUGCUCGUUCUGGGCUUGGGCUUGCUGGCCCUGGCUGCGGCAGGCGAAUUGACGCUGCGGGAGAGGGUGGUGGGCUUGGUGCUGGAGGCUUUUCACAGCAGGAAAGUCGUGCAAUGGGUGUACAAGGAGCAGGCGGUGGAAGACGUCACUGAAAGAGAGUAUCCGGCGGGGCCCUUUGUGCGGCUGCAGGUCAGGCUCCAGCAGACCCAGUGCCGGAACCAGCCGGGGAGCAGACAGGACUGCGCCCUCAAACGCAGAGGGAGGAAGCUGAUCUGCCUGGCUUGUGUCAAGUUUGACUCCCACAGCCCGGGCGAGGUGCUGGCUCAGUACAUGCACUGCAGGAUGGAGACGCAGCAGGCUGUGAAGGAGACGGAGACGACGAGACAGGAGGAGGAGUGCAGGACAGUGCAGGAGAAGGGCGAAGCGCCCUACCAUCCCGGCGUGUUUGCCUUCUCCAGAGGGCUGCCACCCUAGCCAGGGUGGCACCCCCACAUCCACAGCAUGUGCCCACAGUGCCAGGACACCUCCGGUGCCCCCCACCCGCAGAAGGACGCUAUCGCUGCCGCCCAGCGGAGACCCGGCGACCACCCCUGCCCGCCAGACACCGCGCCCACUUGAGCACCAGGCCGGGCCAACGGAUCCUGCCGCCCCUUCCCCCCGCCCCCGCCUCGCCCAGCUCCAUCCCCAAUAAAGCCAGACCCACA